AUGGACUUCCGGAAGCCGCAUCCUUGUUCCAUCCUCACCGCCCGAUGCCUUGGCAGACCAGAUGACGGCCCCGACGCAAGCUACGGCGAACGGCGUGGCCAACAGAGCAACUCCUCGGCAGAGGCGGCAUCAGCGGCGCCUUCAAAUUCAGCAAAAGUACAUGAACUUCCUCCCACUUGUUGCCUUCUUCUUCAAUCUUUCCCUUGUCUGACCUUCUUGCUUCGUGCAGAUGAACUUCGCGCCCUCUGCAAGACAUGGAUUGCCAUGGAAUUCCUCUCCUACCUCCACGACGAAUUGUUCUCAAGGUGGCCUAUCAGCCGCUGGAAAAAGCCAUGUGAAGUUCAGCUAGACGAGAGACGCAUGAGGAAGCUUAGAAGUUCCCAGCAGCAACUACACAAUCCUAAGCCUAUGCCGGAUCUCCCGGAUUAUCUAAUACCAAGACUAAAUAUGCGAUUCCAAGAUGUAGAGAAAGCAAGGGAAUUUUAUAACAGAUAUGCCAGACACGCUGGUUUUGGAAUCAGGAAGAUGGGAGGGAAUGACAAUCACAAGUGUUUUGUUUGCGCGUUCCAAGGGAAACACACAACUUCUAUUCCAGAGGCUGAUAGGCAGCGAAACAAAACAUCGCAAAGGAUAGGCUGCAAUGCAAGAAUGAGGGCGAAGGACCAGGAGGAUAACACAUGCGUGACAGUGGACAUUGAGUACAAUCAUAAUCACCAACUCCUGCAAACUGAUGACAUUCUGGUAUUCUUGGACUCACACAAGAAUUAUGACCCCACUAUUUUGGAGUACGUAAAGCUCCUGCAGUACCAUGAUGUCAAGCACACAACAAUCAUGUCCACGUUAUCUAAAAAUGAAGAUGGAAGCUACUUCAUAAGCAUGACCGGACGAGACCUACUAAAUCAGAAAGCCAUGAAUGCAAGGAAAGAUGAUUUGGAUGAUGUAUUGAAACUUGUUUCAUUCUUCAAAGACAUGAAGGCAAUCAAUGAUGAGUUUUUCUAUGACAUACAAGUAGACAAGGACAAGUCAAUUAAAAACAUUUUCUGGUCCAAUGCAAGCUGCCGAGGAGCAUAUCAAGACUUUGGCGAUUGCUCAACAAUAUUUGCUGUUGCCCUGAUCAGAGACGAAGAUGCAAAGUCAUUCAAGUGGCUGUUCGAUACAUUUGUACGGUGCAUGGACAACAAGCACCCAACUUACAUUCUAACAGACCAGUGCCCGUCGAUGGCGAAAGCUAUACCACAAUCGUUUCCAAACACCGUCCACAAGCUAUACAGUUGGCACAUCAUGAAGAAGUACAAGGAAUACCUCGCGUUGCUGUACAAAAAGUAUAAAACAUUCAAAGAGGAGUUCACAGCUAUAUUAAACUGGCCGCUGAUGCCAACGGAGUUUGAAGCUGCCUAG